UCGGGAACGCGUGCUGGUUCUCGAUUGUCCUCUUCUUCGGAGUUACAACUGCUGUUACUAGUACCAGUUACUAGUAGUAGUGGUGCUGUUGCUGGUGUUACUAUUAUUAUUAGCAAGUGUUAACUGCGACCGGAUGCUGUGGGGUUGUUAAGUGGUUUGGGGGACAUUUAUAGGGUUCCGUGUACAGGAAACCCUGGUGCGUAUCUGCGUAUAGUGGAGUUAAUGGCGCAGCUGGGAAUAAUUAGUUCACAACUUGGAGGAGCAAAUCAACUUAAAUUGGAUUAAGAAGCUGAAAACUGUUGCAAUUGGAAAAUCAGUGUCCACAUUCGACAGUUUAUAAAAAGCUGACCUUUCGGAUCAAUUCAAGGCAAAAAGUGAAGCCUUGAAGCAGCCGAAGAAAAACGUUCAACGAAAACUUUGCUAAUUAAAUUCUACGCGAAACUAUUCCGCUUCCAAAGUUUUUCAAACGAAGAAAGGAGAAGAUACAGGUAUCCAUUGUUCAGAAGCAAAAACUGUGAGCUAAUAAAAAUCUGGAAAAGGAAAUCAAAACGUGAAAUUUAUUGUAAAACAAUGGAACAGUUUUAAGGUGUCCUUUUGACGUUUUUUUUUUUGCAAGUUUGAUCCUCUUACGGUUUCGGCAAGAAGAAAGAGUCAUCCAAAAGGAAGUCUAACGGUUUAAUGCAAAAUAAUGAACUUGGAGCUCACCUUCAGGAAAGAGUGCAGCGGAAUUUGCACAAAAGGUCCCGUUCCGAGUUUUUGAACCAGUUCCCGGAACCUGAAAGCUGAGCAAGCAUUCAAGAAAUCGAGAAGAUCCUUCUUAGUUUCGGAAGAAGGAGGCGAAAAUAGCAGCAACAAAAAAUCGGUAAUAGAGUCCAUUUCCCUCAAGGAGGGAGAAAUAAAUUGUGGGACUUCAUUUGUGCAGCCAGUGGCAUUCGUUGAGGGAAAAAGUUGCACCCACAGGGUUCUUUUCGGGGUUUUCACCGGAAGCUGCCCGACGACGACGACGAUGAAAAGGAAAAUUGUUGCCGAAGAACUUUUCCUUUUCCGAUAGAAAGUGGGUGUUAGUGUGUGUGUUGGAAGUUCCAGUUUGGCUUGGGUGCAAAAGUUCAGUUGGUGCGCAAAGUGCAAUCUCUGCUCAGUGCCACAAGACACGUGGUUUUACCCCAACUCGGGCCAAGAUAUCACGAGUGCAGCAGUUUUCCUACCAGGAGUUGUUGUUUUUCCCAAGCUUCCCUGUGAUCUUUCAAAGUAUUUUCAACGGAUGCUGUUUGUGCUGGGAAAAGUGGGUGGCCCUCAACUCAACUCUGCAUGGGAAGAAGUGUUUUGCGAAAUUCCUCCCACGUGCAACUCAACUCGAAAUUGUUUCCAAGAAGGGAAAGUGCUUUACAAUUUUCCCGAAACCGAUGUCUGUUGUAUGUUAAAUGAACCCCCCCAACCCACCUCCACUUAUAUAACUAAGUAAGUAAUGGGUGUCAAAAGUAUGUGUGGAGUGAGCUUGUUAAAUUGAAUUAACACGGCGUGGCAGGAUUUCCUCCAGCCGAGCGUCUGGGUCUAAAGGGAGUCUCGGGGAAGAAAAAUAAGAGAAAUUAAAACCUAGCAGUUUGAGUUCUUUUUUUUCUUCAGCCUCUCGUCUGAGGAACCGGAAGAACCGGAAGAACCGGAAGAACCGGAGAUUGGUAAUUUGCUAUACGUGUGUUGUACUUAUAGCUACUAGUUAAGUGUGCUGAACACGCUGCCUGCUCGUGAAAGCGAAAAGUUGAAGCCAAGAGUUAGCUCUAAAGUGCUCUACAAAGUGGUUGAUAAUUCAUGGUUAGAGAUAGUGACAGCUGCUGGUAGUUGAGAUGUUGAGUUUUGAACUUUAAUGGACAGUUUCACUGGAUUUGUACUCUGUUUAAGCUCAGCAUCCAUCGCCGCGCCCGUCCAGCAUCUCCGACACGUGUGCUCACGUAAUGACCGAAAGAAUGCUAUAAAUUAGAUCCAUGGCUACCUACCGGUAGUUGAGGUGAAACACCGACCGGUGGCAUCCCGCUGCUGCUGUGCUGCCGCAGUAACAGUUCCCAUUCACAUUUGAUAAGCGGAAAAUUUACGAGCCACCGAGCAAUCAGCAAACUGCUGAUGAUCUCCCACUAGGGGCCAUUUUAUGGUGUCAGAGUGAAUACGCGCACACAAAACCACACACACACUCAGUCAAACACCGGAAUACACACACACAGAGACACCCGGCAAACGUGUGAAUCGAAGGGCCCUCCAGUGAGCGUAGAGCACCCUGGACCAUUAUUAGGGGCACGUGCUUCCGGGGCCAAACCGGAAGAAAAGAAUACAAAUCACACAGCACCAUCUCAGGCCCCCAAACCGCGACCCUUCUGGGAUGAUCUUUUCCGGUGUCGGUUUAGAGUUGCAUCAUCAUCGUCAUCGCCAUUAACGGAACUGGUGCCAUUUUUCGGGUGAUGGAAAUCAACGGCACUCACCAUUGAGCGACGACCGACGAUGUGAAUGUGGUCAUUAUCGUUGUCCUGCCUGAUGAGGAUUAUAAAUAACGAAUAUUACUCACCGGUUUGGCCGGUGUUCAUGCAUCCUGGAAGCGGAUACAAACAGAUAAAGUUUUUCCCGGUUAAACCCCUACCAGUUCACUCGUUUUUUAUUUGGGGGCGCCUUCUGGAUUGAUCCCAAGACGGACAGUGUGUGCUUCGCCAGGGCCAAUUUUGUAUGUUCCCAAUGUGUGUGUGUUUGUGUGCACGAAAUACAGACAGUCGGGAGCCCGCAUCUUUUUUUCCGGGGAACAGCGGCAGCAAAACGCUAUGAAAUAUAGUAUUUCUUUCCAUUGCCGCCAUCAUAACUAAAUGAAAAGUGUGUUCUCCUCUUGCUUGGCAGUAUGUGGUACUUUUCUAGUCGUGGAAGUAUACAAGUAGCGGAACAUUGUUGAAAAAGACAGUACCAAACGAACCUUGACCCACUUCCUGGCUGAUUGUUGAACGAAAGGAAAUACAAACCGAAAUAGAAAGAGAGUGAGAUCAGGAAAAAAAAAGCGCACAACAUAAUUCCGAAAGAUGAUAAUGCUGCUGGCUGUGCUCCGGAGUCAUCAUGGCUUCUUUCCUUCGCCGAAGUUGAUCGCUUGAAGCUCUUUGGUGUGCAGAGCAAAAAGAAAGUGAACCUAGCGGGAAAAUGCAUUAAAUUUUAAACUAAUACGACGUCUCGACAGAGCCGGGCGAGCCGGAAAAACAUACAACGACGACGUGACAAAUGAAAAAAAUAUCUUUCCAUUCAGUGUUUUCCGGUGAAGAGAGGCGGGAAAUUUGUUGACGACCCAAGGGCAAAAGUGAGGUCCAUCAGUGCGAGUUAAGCUGCUAAAGUUGGUUGAGCUGAUUUCGGAUUUAGGGAAAUGGAGCGUUUGUUUAAAAUCAUUUGAAAAAUAAUCGCGAAAUCCGACGUAUUUUUCUGGCAUUGGGAAAAAAGCGAUUCGAUAGAAGAAAAAUAAAUAGUGCUAGUUACAGCUGUGAAAAUAAAAUCUGUCCAGCCGGAUAGAUAACGGUGUAAAAAGCGGGAAAAUCGCUCCUGGGAGAUAAAUAAUAAAAAAAGCGCAAUAAAAAGUGUAUUCCCAUUGUUGGUUCGCCCACAACGUCCCAUUCUACUUGGAGCAGCACCUUUCCUGCCCCAGGAAUUUGAGCGGAAACGUGCGAAUGCGAUUGUGAAAGUUUACUGUGAAAAUAGGUAGUCAGUUGUGGAAGCUUGCAAGCUGGAAAAAAGUUGAAAUAAAAAUAAAAGCAAAGCUCGGUUUCGUGUCACGUGUCACCGGGCAGUGAUUGUAGUGUAGUUUUUUUUUUCUCAAACAACGUACAUAUUCUGCGUCGUCAUUUGUUGUAAUCCAGAGUGUCAGUGUUUUUACUCCCGGUUUCCGGUGUUCGAGGUCGAGUCCCUGUUUGUGGGGUCCUGCUAAUCCUACUCUAAGCCAGCAGCCAGUCAGUCCGCGCAUCCCGCGAUGUGCUGCUCCCUCUAAUCUUUCUCUGGGCCGGUGAUUGAUGAAAUGAUUCGAUAUGUGGACCUAUAUGAUGGCAGCGGCCCGAGGUGACCGGGCAAUGUCAUCCAUCUCCCAGCGUCAUCAGAGCAGCCGCAAUGAUUUCGACUCACCGAGUAUCUACCACUUCAGUCGAGUGCAACGACCACUGUACAACACCGCGAAUCGUGCGCCCGCCUUGUGCAAUGGGCCAUCCGCAAUCAGCACCACCCCAUUCGGGAGCAAUACGAUCUACCAGAACUAUCAUCCAUCGUCGGUGGGCAGCUUCAGUAGUGUGGCCACCACACCGAGUCUGUCCACGAUUACGAACUCCGGACCUCAAGGUCAAGGACAUCCGACAACGGAACGAUUGCCACCGGUGGGAUCAUCGGCACCAGCAAUGGCCGUCGGAUCCACCGGAACGACCAUCGGUGAGACUCCACCACCGCCACCCAGUCAACUUCCGUUCACUACCCGGAACCGGAUUGAGGUAGCCUCGGCCGAGCGCCAGAGAGACUCGAUCCCGAACAAUAGCUCGGCCGGAAGCAUCGGAAGCAAGAACAACCACCUGAGUAGCCACCAGGCUGUGAUUGAGAGCGAGCAGAGUGACUUUCUGGAAUCCUCCGGCGGCCGUCGGUCCUUGAGACGCUGGCUAAAUGCAUUCCGGCACCGGAUCAGCAAACGGGGUCGCUCCAAGCCGCCCGACCAGUUCCUGGACAAGUUCUCCAGCUCCAACAACGCCUCGGACAACCGGUUGCAGCAGACGCAAUCGCAGGCCCAGGCGCUUCCCUCGAACGGCACCUGCAGCCGGUUGUCCGUCGAUCCGUCCCUGCCGUCCCAUUAUCGGUGGCUGUCGGUGGUUUCGUUGGCUGUACUGUACAAUAUAGUGUUUGUGAUAGGACGUGCCGUAUUUUGGGAGAUCAACCGCCAGGCGCCGGCCCUCUGGUGGACCUUAGACUAUCUUUGUGAUUUUAUAUACCUACUAGACACGUUAGUGCAUUGUCAUGAGGGGUACCUGGAGCAGGGAUUGCUCGUACGUGAUGCGUCCAAGCUGCGGAAGAACUACUUCACCAAGGAACGCUGGUGGCUGGACGUGGUUUCAAUGUUUCCGACCGAUCUGGCCUACAUCUGGUGGGCUCCGAGUUCCUGUACUGCAACCCGGCUUCCCUGCCCGACCAUAGUUAGGAUUAAUAGGUUAUUGCGUCUUCCAAGGAUGUGGGAAUGGUUCGACCGAACAGAAACGGCCACCGGAUACCCGAAUGCGUUUAGGAUAUGUAAGGUUGUUUUAGCUAUCUUAGUACUUAUUCACUGGAAUGCGUGUCUUUACUUCGCAAUAAGUUACGCGCUUGGGUUCAGUUCCGACAAUUGGGUGUACAACAUCAACGGGGCCAAGAAUUUGACCCUGUCGAGGCAGUACAUCUACAGCUUCUACUGGUCGACGCUGACGCUGACCACGAUCGGGGAGACGCCGACGCCCGAGAACGACGCCGAGUAUCUGUUCGUGGUGGCCGACUUCCUGGCCGGGGUGCUGAUCUUCGCCACCAUCGUCGGUAACAUCGGUUCUAUGAUAUCGAACAUGAACGUCACCCGGGUGGAGUUUCAGAAUCGAAUGGACGGCGUCAAGCAAUAUAUGGCCUUUCGAAAAGUCGGCGGAGAGCUGGAAGCGCGGGUCAUCCGGUGGUUUGCCUACACCUGGGCGCAAAGUGGCGCUCUGGACGAGGAACGGGUUCUGGCAGCACUGCCGGACAAGCUGAAGGCCGAAAUCGCCAUCCGAGUACACAUGGACACGCUGAAGCAGGUUCGGAUAUUCCAGGAUUGUGAACCGGGCCUGCUGGAAGCGCUGGUGCUAAAACUCAAGCUACAGGUGUUCAGCCCCGGGGACUACAUCUGCCGGAAGGGUGACGUCGGCAAGGAGAUGUACAUCGUGAAGCGGGGCAUCCUUUCGGUCGUGGCCGACGACGGGCUGACAGUUUUCGCGACCCUCGGGGCCGGCUCCGUGUUCGGGGAGGUUUCAGUGCUAGAGAUUGCCGGGAAUCGGACCGGCAAUCGGCGAACGGCCAACGUCAGAUCGACAGGUUAUUCGGAUCUGUUCUGCCUGGCGAAACGUGAUUUGUGGGAAACGCUGGCUGAUUAUCCUGAAGCGCGUGCUUCAUUAACGGAACGUGGGUGUCAAUUAUUACGCAAAGAUGGACUGUUGGAUGAAGCUGUUUUUGCCAGCGCUCAACAUCAACAGGACACGCUGGAAAGUGGAGUGGCCAAGCUGGAACAGACGGUGGAGAAUCUGAACCUCCGGUUGGCACGGCUCCUGGCCGAGUACUCUGCCAGCCAGGCCAAGCUGAAGCAACGGAUAUCCCGGCUCGAGGAACGAUCCAUCACAUCUCCGAGGCGUCGUGCCAACAACAACAACAGCAGCAGUGCCAGCAACCAUCAUCAUCACCAUCGUGCCAGCAUCCCGAACGGCGGCGGUGCCACUGCCAGUGGUUCCGGGGGCGACAGCGGGGACAAUGAUGACGCUGACGUGUCCUUGACCUCCCAGGGGCGGGAAGUGGAAGUGGCCCACGGUGAUGGCGCGACCCGAAGACGUUCGAAAUCAUCGGCGGCGGCCCACCACCAAAAUCGGCGCAAGUCAUCGGCGGCCACGGUAGGAGUGCCGGAACAUCCGGAACCGAUUGCACCUUCUUCUGCGACGACGACGACGGUGGCGGCAUCGAGGACACUUUCCAAUGGCAAUAGCACAGCAACAACCACUACUGGCAGCAAGCAGAAUACGUUAUGAAUGUUGUGCAUUCAUAACCCACUAGGAGUUCAAAGUCUUGUUCUUGUUUUCUCGGGCUCUUUCUUCAAGUUGUUCUUUUUUCGGUGGCGUCCAAAAGGGGGCAUUUUCCACUAAACUAUGGUCUGGUUUAAUUUUCUGUUCAGACUCGGCAGAGUUGUGUUUCUCGUUUGAAUGAAUUGAACCUUAAAUAUUCGAAUGAAGCCAGAUUUAAUCUUUCCAAUGCAUACAGGUUUUAUAAGGGGCUUAUAAAGUUUAAACAGUGAAACGAACUUCCGAAAAAUUGAAGCAUUAGUGUUUUUAUAAAAUAUUCAUAUAAACUGUGAUCGGACUUUUAAUCAAUAUUUGGUUUUUAAAAUCGUUGUAACACUAAAACUGCCGACAAGCUGAAUUAAUUUAUAUUGUUUACAACGUGAUCAGUCAAAAGUUAAAAAGGAGUAGAAAUAAUAUGAUAAUUAAUGAAAAGGUUACAACCUAUUAGUUUUUCACAACGAAAGCACAUAUUCUCCUCAAUUCCACAGAGUGGGCGAUUGCUUAAAUACUGCAGAUUAAUAGUUCCAGUAAAUUUCCAAAGAAAACCGUACCACAUAUCAGAAUAUUGAAGAAUAAAUAACUUGUUUUAAAAAUAAAGUAUAUGACUAUGGGUGCACGGCUUUUUGUCGCAUUAAAAGUUUUAUUGUGCUCAAUGCUUAAAAAAAGUGCUUCUAUAGAAUUCACGACGUUCUCGAUGUGAUAUUUCAGUAAUGGCUUAAAGAAUAUUUAGAAAUUUCCUUAUUUAGGAGCUUGACAAUAUCUUAUUUUUCGGAUAACCAGAUUCAUCAAGCAAAAAAGUGCCCCUAUUCGGUUACUUAACCGAUUUAGAACUGGCUUAAUGCCUGCUGUCUUAUGUUGCUAGAAAAAUUUGGAUACUGAAGUUCAGAAAUAUUUUUUCAAACAAAGGUAAUUCUCUAUGUAAAUGAAAUAUUACAAAUACUCUUUAAUGUUCAAGUUUUGGAACAUUAGAAAAAAGAUUCUCAAUCAACAAAUUCUUGGUUAAAUAGACCUAUAGGUAAUGUGGAUAUGUGAAUAUUUUCAAGAAUGUUUUUUUGUAUUUCAUCAAAAUCAAUGGAAUAUUACUAACAAAACUGCUUUCAAUAUACGAUUUUUCGAUUGGGAUUGGAAGAAAGAGAUGAUUUUUGCAAAAAAAAAAAACUCGGUUACUCUCUUAAGUAUUGGUUUGGUGUUAUAUUCAAGUAUCCUUUUUAAGUUACAAAAAAACUAAUAAUGUACUUUUCUUCAGUUGAUUCAAAUCAUUUCCUUUUAUUUGACAUUUCAAGUGGAAUAUCCACACGAGAUACACAAGAUUGUCAAUAAAAAUCAAAUUUCUAAAUAAAUUUUACAACUGACUCGAGUCACAGUCUAGAGCCGAAAACCUGGCUCAGAGUUAUAAUGAAGCGAUUUAAAUAUAGUCUCAGGUUUUAAAUUCCAAAACAUGUUUUAAUAAUAUGGUCAUUUAAUGGGAAUGUAAACUCUCUACUGCAUACGAGCCUGGACCAUAUUCAAAAUCUUUAACGUAAUUAAAAACUGUUUAAGAUUUAAUCAAAUUAAUGAAGAACUUGAUCAUCGUAACUUAUGUUUGUUAUUCAGUUUUUGGCCUCAAGAAAAUUUAUCUUUUUUGGAAUUCUUAAAACUUAGCAUGAUCCUGCUAAAUAUACGAAUAGUUAAACCACCCCUAACUUAAUUAUUACUGGUUUGAUCAACAAAUAUCACGGAAAAAUAACGCAUGGUUGGCUUCCAGAUUCUUCUCUUAUCGCUUGGCAAAUACGGUAAUUUAAACACAAAAACGUGGCAAAAUCCAGGCAUUGGUUUUAAUAUUCUUAACUCAAAAACUAGGCAAUAUCCUAAAAAAUCAAAAAAAAAAUCCAGGUGUUUCUCAUGAAAAUUCAAAGAAUAGGUAAAUGAUGAAAAAAUAUGUGUAUAAUCUAAUCAUACAAUUUAAAAAAAAUUAUUGCAAGCGUAUUUCGUUGAAACCAUAAAAAAAUUGUUUGGCCAAAAUUCAAAAAUUAUGUUUUCUAUGUUCGGUAUCGCUCCUUAGAUUAGCCCUUUCAGAGUGAGAGUGUGUAAUUUUUUCGCUCUUCUCUUCCCAAACUGUGUGUUUAAAACUGUCCACCCAAGGUUCUUAGAUACACUAGGUUCUCCGACUUUCACAGUAAGUAGGCGAGGAGUGAGCGGGGCUCUCAAUGAGUUUGUUUAUUUUUUGCUCAGCUUUUCUGUGGUUUGUUGGUAAACAAACUUCAUGAGUUCCGCAUAGUUGCAUAGCCUACAUAGCCAAAAUGGCUGAAUCGGGAAUUCGUUAUUCGGGAACACCUCCUGAAUAUAUACUCACCUUGUGUCCACCCAAGUGUGGGAAAGAAGAGCGAGCCAACUGAUAAAGUUCUUUUUCGUAUCUGAUCAGGGUUGCCAGAUUACAAACCGCUCGAAUCCGUACGUUUGACGGAAAACAAAUAAUGUACGGAUUUUGGCAAAAUAAAAAUUGAUUUUUGAUCGUCAGGUAGAAUCUUCGAUCAUCCUCUGAAUCCUUAUAAUUUUUUUUUGAUAAUCCGUAGAAAAUCCAUAGGAAAUGCUGAAAAACCGUAGAUUUCGAGCAUCGAUCCCUAGAUCCAUUGAAGUGCUUAAAAUCCAUAGAUCUACGGAGAAAUCCGAAGAUAUUUCAACACUGGUUCUGAUAAACUCGUUCCCAAAUCGGGCGAAAAAAAAAAGGUUUCUAGAAAUUUCUGGUACAGAACCUCAAUCUAGUGGAACUAAAUUAAAAGCGCCCAUGGAUGGAAAGAUAGACUGCUGGUGCCUUCGAGAACAUUGUUUAGUUUAACAAGGCGCAUAUUUCGAUUUAAAAUAUUAAGUCGCGGGGCCCACAAAUAGCGAGAUAAAAAUGUAAACUUUUUUUUAAGCAUUUAAAGGCAUACAUUUUUUCUACAAAAUUGAUGAUCUCAACAAAAUACAACACUUUGCUAAGCAAGAUAAAGUUUUACUUCUUCAUCAUGAGGAGAUAGGUGAGAGCCAACGAAACUACCUUCAAAACCACUUUUCCUGAUACGUUGUUUCCAAGCAAACAUCACACCAAAUUUCAUAACCUCAUGCUUAACCGGAACAGUUAUUUUUUUUUUUAAUUUACCCCACUCUGAACAAGGAGGUACAAUGUUAUUUUGAAUGAUUAACUGUAACUUUUUUCACUGAAAUGAAAUCAAAUUUUUUCUGCAUAACAAAGCUGUAAGAAAUGCUCAACAUUGUUAAUGGAUACUGCCAAAAAAUUUCCAUUGUAUAUUUUCAAAUUUCUUUCAAAAUUUGCAAAGAAUUGGCCGACAACUAGGCGCAACAGUUAAGUGAGAUAAAUAUUCGGCAAAUUAACAAAAUGGUGUGGGUUCGGCCCGAAAACUCGGUACAGCUUUACCCUGAAUUACUGAUUGAAGAAUCUGAUCUUUGAUUUCUAAAAUCACAUAGGUAUCUAAAUUUCAUCAGUAACUUCAAAUUCAUGGGUUCCGAAUUUAUAGUUGAGUUUUUUGAAAUGGUAUACUGAAAUUCGAGU